AACUCCCCGGCAUGAACUAACAGAUAGAUUCCCCUGUCACACGACCUCAGCUCUAAUCAGGAGGACUUGAAAAGUCGAUGAAGUGCAGUCAAUUUCCAAUGCAUUGCCUCAGACACGUCAUCCAGGAAUUCAACAUGGGCAAAAAGCGCGUCCUCGUUAGCUAUGGCGUUGAUGUCGACGCCGUGGCUGGCUGGCUCGGUUCAUACGGCGGGGAGGAUUCCUCGAAUGAUAUAAGCAGAGGCUACUUUGCUGGAACAAUUGGGACGCAGAGAGUGCUCAAAUUGUUUGCCAAAUAUAACAUCACGGCGACCUGGUUUAUCCCAGGUCACAGCCUUGAGUCUUUUCCCGAGGAUAUGGCUGCUGUUCGUGACGCUGGGCACGAGAUCGGCCUUCACGGUUAUUCCCACGAGAACCCAACCGAUAUGACGAUCGACCAGCAGCGUGAAAUCCUGGAUAAGACCUACCACAUACUUACUUCCUUCGCAGGCAAGCCUCCUCGAGGCAGCGUUGCGCCCUGGUGGGAGACGAGUAAGGAAGGCGCCCAGUUACUAUUGGACUACGGCAUAGAGUAUGAUCACAGCAUGGGUCACACCGACUGUCAGGCUUACUACUUGAGAGUCGGGGACACUUGGACGCCAAUAGACUAUAAAGAGAAACCCGAGAAGUGGAUGAAGCCUCUCGUCAAGGGCCAGGACACUGGCCUGGUGGAGAUUCCAAGUAAUUGGUACCUCGAUGAUCUUCCACCAAUGAUGUUCAUCAAGAAGGCACCUAAUAGCCACGGUUUUGUCAACGCGCGAGACGUUGAAGAUAUCUGGCGCGAUCAUUUUGACUACUUUUACCGCGAGCAUGACGAGUUCAUCUUUCCGAUGACGAUACAUCCGGACGUCUCGGGACGACCGCAUGCUAUUCUCAUGCAUGAAAGAUUGAUCGAAUAUAUGAAGAAGCAUGAUGGGGUUGAGUUUGUCACUAUGGCCGAGAUAUGCGAUGACUUCAAACGCAAGAACCGGCCGGCUGAGGGAGUGAUAAUGCCGGCAACACCUGGUUCCAUGUUGAGAAUAUGA